UCAUCUGGUUUUGUGGUACAUCGGGAAAAUGAAACACUAUCUUGCUCUCACUGGAGCCUUGCUCCUGGUAAGCGGAAAUCUGGCAGCAGGUUCACUUACCGAAACAGUUUCCGGAAAGGUCACGGAAGCGCUGGCUAAGUUCAAUGAUGCAUUGAACACUAUCAAUACCUCGGUUGCGAACGCCAACAAUAACAUGGCAUCAUCAUGGAUGACUUGGUACGACUUAGCAAUAGCCCAAUACACGAGCUUGAUCGACCGGUUCCAACAGUAUCCCAUGGUUGACCUGAAUUCGUUAAUUUCCGGUCGAAACGAUUUGGUUUUCGAACGAAAUUAUACCACACCUGCCAAGUUGGAAGAUGAUCCUUACUACACAUACAUGCUAAUUCCAAACGCAAAUCUAGCAGUCAGUCAGAUUGGUGAUCUCCUUAAUGCUGCAGCGGCUGAGAUGAGCUCUCAAGCUGUUCCAGCCAAUAAUUGUCUAAAUCAACACGGUGCAUCGCUGACAUCCAGUCCAAUCACAAUAGAUCGUGUCACAGACUGUAUUCUGGCCGCAAACGGUAAAAUUCCCAGAAUCGAGGCCAAUGUCAUCGUACAUAUCAACGCCGACAUCGCAUUGGCACCACCGACUUUCAAUCUGCUGAAUCUCUGCAAUGUCCCUGAACCAACCGACUCCAGCUCAUCGAACAUUUGCCUAACUCAGUAUCUCAGCAGAUUCAGCCAGAUGAAAUCCUACCGACUGAAGACCAGUAUUGAUUCGGUGCGUUCUCAACAGUCCGGGAUGAUUUUCUCCACCGCGGAUCGAUGUGUCAGACUGGUCCAAAAUGACAUCCGAGAUGCUGUGGAUCGCGUAAAGGCAAACUUCGCCAGUUGCCUGUCGACUAGCUCGUAAAGCUCCAUCGCGUGGUAAGAUGCGAUUAUGUGACCAUUGAAAAUGACUUACGUUUUUUUGUUCUUGAAAUUAUGUUACGAAUACGGGGUAUGAUACAAUUUCCACCUAAUUAAAUCGACUUUCCUGCUGAUGCAACUGA